AUGAAACUCGAAAGUAUCUCAAGAGCCCUGCGGAGAAUUGUAUCCAAUGAACCAGAGUUCCAACAUCUCACUGAUAAAGAUGAUAGGGAUGAAAUGAAAACCUCUACCACACAUCCAGACUAUGGAGAGUAUGCCUACGUUCGAUACACACCUGGUAAACCGAUUGAAAUUAUUCCAACCAAUAGCAAAACAUUUCGGAAAAGAUUGAAAAGAAUAGAGAAAAUGAAUGCAGAGAGGCUACGAAUAGAAAAAUUACGGGAAGAAGAUGAAAAUCAACUUUGGUUUUUUAAAGGCCUCACACGAUAUAAUGCUGAAGACAAACUAAAAAUCAGAGGCUGUAUCGAAGGUUCUUUCUUGAUCACGACAAAUCCAAAUCAAAGAAAAGAGUAUGCAUUCCGACUAACACUGUUUUAUGUUUCAAAAACAAGUAGCGGAAUUGUACGUCCGAAAACCAUUGUAUGGUUUAAUAAUGAAAGGCCUCACAAGUACGGAAUUAGGGAGGUGAAGCAAAAAUUUGAAAACCUGACAUCGCUAGUCAGGCAUUUGAUUGAUAACAAAGUACAAAUUGACGGAGUGACACUGGUGGAUAUCUUUCAACCAGGACGAUGGCCAGAAUAUAUGUAUUGA